AUGGACUCUUCCUCGCGAAGAUCGCGAUCGCGAUCACCUCCGCGGAGGGCGCCAAAAGGCAGUGGUGGGUUUCGGUGGAAGGAUAAAAGCCGCCCAAGCGACGACAACCGCGGCAGCUAUGAUUCGAGAAGAGACCGAUAUGGAGACCGAGACCGGGAUCGAGAAAGAGAACGUGACCGAGGCCGCGACCGCGAUUAUGGAGAGCGACGACGUGACUACCGCGAUCGCUCGCGGGAUCGUGGUGGCCGUGAUCGAUACGAGGGCCGCCCAAGAUCGCGAUCUCCUCGGCGACAUGGUUCUGGACCAAAAGACACGGGCGACAAGGUGAAGAGAGACGACAAGAAGGAAAAGAAAGAAACCAAGACUCCCAAAGCUGCCGUUGGAGCGGGACAAGAGUUUAUCAUUGUUCAUGUCAACGACCGGCUGGGCACCAAGUCAGCCAUUCCAUGCUUGCCUUCGGACACGGUUGGGCAGUUCAAGCUCAUGAUUGCGGCGCGCAUUGGACGAGAAGCGGGACAGAUUAUGCUGAGACGGCAGGGCGAACGGCCUUUUAAGGAUCACAUCACGUUGGAGGACUAUGGCAUCUCGAAUGGAGUCCAGCUGGAUCUCGAGGUUGACACUGGCGAUUGA